AUGCACCUCAGCGCUCUGAAUCACUGCAUACCUCUAAGUGAUGGGAACAGCAUUCCUAUCAUUGGACUUGGUACCUACUCGGAACCUAAAUCGACUCCUAAGGGGACCUGUGCAACAUCAGUGAAGAUUGCCAUCGACAUGGGGUACCGGCACAUUGAUGGGGCCUACCUCUACCAGAACGAGCAUGAAGUGGGGGAGGCCAUCAGGGAGAAGAUAGCCCAAGGAAAGGUGCGGAGGGAGGAUAUCUUCUACUGUGGAAAGCUGUGGGCUACACAUCUUGACCCAGAGAGGGUCCGCCCAGCUCUGGAGAGGACACUCAAGAACCUCCAGCUAGAUUAUGUGGAUCUUUACAUCAUUGAAAUACCCAUGGCUUUUAAGCCUGGAGAUGAUUUCUAUCCUAAAGAUGAAAAUGGCAAAUGGUUAUAUCACAAGUCAAAUCUAUGUGCCACUUGGGAGGCUUUGGAAGCUUGCAAAGAUGCUGGCUUGGUGAAAUCCCUUGGAGUAUCCAAUUUUAACCAUAGGCAGCUGGAGCUCAUUCUGAACAAACCAGGGCUUAAGUAUAAGCCAGUCAGCAACCAGGUUGAGUGCCAUCCAUAUUUCACCCAGCCAAAACUCUUGAAAUUUUGCCAAAAACAUGACAUUGUCAUUGUUGCAUACAGCCCUUUGGGAACCUGUAGAGAUCCAUCCUGGGUGAAUGUCUCUGCCCCACCUUUGCUAAAGGAUCCAUUUCUAAACGCACUGGGGAAAAAGUACAAUAAAACAGCAGCUCAAAUUGUUCUGCGUUUCAACAUCCAGCGAGGAGUGGUUGUCAUUCCUAAAAGCUUUAACCCUGAAAGGAUCAAAGAAAACUUUCAAAUCUUUGACUUUUCUUUCACUGAAGAAGAAAUGAAGGACAUUGAAGCCUUAAAUAAAAACAUCCGCUAUGUGGAAUUGCUCAUGUGGCGUGACCAUCCCGAAUACCCAUUCCAUGAUGAAUACUGA